AUAGCGCUAGAAUCUCAGGGCCGAGUUUCCCGUCCCGUCCGCUAAUAUUAAAUCGAACCAACGAUUCCUUCUAACUCCCCCCUCGUGGAGUCUCGUUUUUUCGGAUUGGAUAUCGUUACGCCUUCUUUCUCUUUAUUGCCCACGAAUUAACGAUUAUCAUGGCGCAAACGCCAGAGGCCCUUACAUUCCGCUGAUAUCAACCGAAGCAAGCCCAUGACACCGAACCAGGCGUCGGCCAGGCUCGAGGCCGACAGAUCGAAUGGAUUGGCGAACGCGACUACGACCAAUCCUCAGGAUGCUGUGUCAAUAGCGGUACCACCCGAAGAAGAUGCAUCCUGCACAUCGCAGAAAGCGAUGUCUGCAGGAAAAGUGAGCACAUCAACGGCCUCUGCGGCGCGACCGGUAGAAACAGAUGGGCAGCGGGAACCUGCUGCAGAGGCAGAAAAGACGGAGGAGGGGAAACCGGAGAAGACAAGGAGCAAAGCGCGCAUUGUCGUCAUCCUAAUCGCGUUAUCGAUGGCUGUUUUCCUUGCAGCGCUCGAUAUAACCAUAAUCACGACCGCCCUCCCGACAAUAUCAUCGCAUUUCGGAUCCGCAGCCGGUUAUACAUGGAUAGGUUCGGCGUAUAUGCUGGCCGCUGCCGCUUCGGUCCCAGUAUGGGGCAAGUUCUCCGAUAUCUGGGGUCGUAAAAUCAUAUUGCUACUCGCAAACCUUCUCUUCUUUAUCGGAUCACUCAUUGCGGCGCUUUCCGUGAGUAUUGGUAUGCUGAUCACUGCCCGUGGCAUUCAAGGGGUGGGCGGAGGAGGCCUUCUCGUUUUGGUCAAUAUCGUCAUCUCGGACCUAUUCUCCCUUAGGUCUCGCGGCGCUUAUUAUGGCAUCAUUGGCGGCGUUUGGGCAAUUGCAUCAACGCUAGGCCCCAUCUUGGGUGGUGUUUUCACGGAGAAAGUGAGCUGGCGGUGGUGCUUCUACAUUAAUUUACCACUUGAUGGCGCUGCAUUCCUGCUGCUGCUCAUUUUCCUGGACGUCCACAACCCGCGAACCCCGCUCUGGGCGGGUUUAAAGGCCAUCGAUUGGAUUGGCUGCGCUGGGGUCGUAGGCGGCGCCCUCAUGCUCCUCCUUGGACUCGAGUUCGGCGGAGUUAUAUUCCCAUGGAACAGUGCCAAGGUCAUCUGCCUGAUCGUCUUUGGCGUCUUCACACUAGCACUCUUCCUAGUGAACGAGUGGAAGUUCGCAACCUGGCCGAUUGUCCCACUGAAGCUUUUCCGUCAUCGGUCGAAUUGCGCCGCAAUGAUGGUCUGCUUCAUCCACGGAUUCGUCUUCGUCUCAUCCUCGUACUUCCUCCCCCUUUACCUGCAGGCGGCUCGGGGAUCCUCCCCCAUCAUGUCAGGCGUCUAUCUUCUACCCAUGGUCCUCACAAUAUCCAUUGGUAGUAUGUUCUCCGGCGUCUUUAUCAGGAAGACGGGCCUCUACCAGCCUCCUAUUUGGAUCGGUCUCGCAUUUAUGACGCUCGGCUUUGGACUGUUUACCGACAUCGACGCCCACUCGAGCUGGGCUAAGAUCAUAGUUUAUCAGUUAGUUGCUGGAUUUGGCGUUGGACCGAACUUCCAGGCACCUCUCAUUGCAAUCCAAUCCCUCGUCGAGCCGCGAAAUAUCGCUUCAGCCACUGCGACGUUCCAAUUUGUUCGGAAUCUGGCUACAUCGAUGUCUAUUGUUGUUGGAGGCGUUCUUUAUCAGAAUGUCAUGAACCAGUACGAAGGCAAACUUGUCUCCGCUGUCGGGCCGGAGAACGCAGUACGACUUGGUGGCGCAAACGCGGGAGCCAAUAUCGGAGUUGUAUACUCUCUUCAUCCCAACCAGCGCGUUGCCGCGCAGGAAAUCAUCGCCGACAGCAUCUCGAAGCUUUGGAUCAUGUAUGCGACUUUUUCUGGAGUCGGCUUGUUAGUUAGCUUAUUGAUCACUAAGCAAACUCUGGGAAAGGACCAUCAAGAGAUCAAGACAGGGCUGCAGAAGGAUCAAGCUUCUGUUCAUGAGCAGCCUGCUCAGGCCAUCGAUCCACAAAGCGCCCAGGGCGUGGCGAGAUCGGGUGGAGAGACGGAGACGAGGCCUGAAGCAGACAAGGAGGUCAAAGUGUAAUUGUAUAACUUAGAUCCAUUGCUGUAGUAUAGCGCAGUUAUAAAUAUUCCCUAUUCC